CCCAUCCGGGACAGCAGGAGUCAGGACUGAGUGGAGUGGAGCACUCAGUUCUGCCCUGAAGGGAGUGGAGGAGCAGUUCAGUCCAUCCCGCAACCAAACAUGGAUGAACUGCUGCUGACGGAAGAUCAGACGAUGUGACUGUAAGGAUGCGUCCACCGCACAUAUCCCGUUUAUUUCUUCAGUUUUUCUUCCUCUGUAACACAUGGAGGACACUGGCGAAAUCACUACCGACCCAUGCAGCAGUCGAGGUGCUGAUUAAAGUGCAGGUCUUUGACAACAGUGACCUUUCACCUUUAAAGGAAGCCAAAGUUCAGGCAUGUGGUAACCAGACCAUCUUAGCAUCCAGCCUGGCAGGAAAGGAUGGGAUCGUCACGCUGAAUUUCCUGUAUCGACCAGGAACAUGGGUCAUUGUCACAGCAUCAAAGCAUGGAUUUGUCACAAACUCAGCACCCUGGCAUGCCAGUCGCAUUCCCUUAUACGCCUCUGUAAGUCUGUACUUGCUUCCUCAAAGACCAGCCACUCUUCUGCUGUAUGAUGAUGUGGUGCAUUUACUGCUGGGUGCUCCAGUUGGCUGUUGUCUAGGCACCCGGAGACAUCCGUGGGUACAACUUCAGAGGAAAGCCAUCCGGCCGGCCCUAAACGCCUCCCAAAUCACCCUCUCUGCCCUGCUGACCUCCUCCCGCAGUCAGUAUGAGCUCGGGGGCUUCCCCUACCCCCUCGCCUUAGAGAACAACUCAACGGGGCCCAAUAGUAGCUGGACGGAGCUGACUGCUGUGGCUGCAAUGUAUGCUCAGCUCACCGGCCCCAAUGGCACUGAGGUUCAAGUGUCUGAACCCAUUCACAUCUCUAUCCCACUUCCAUCUGACUCGCCUCUCAAGACUGCCACAAGUGUCCCCAUCUGGAGGUUUGACGACAGGAUAGGUCUAUGGGUGCGAAGCGGUGCUGGCUACAUCAAAAAGGAUGGCACCCAGAUGACAUGGAGUUUUAUAGCUCCAAAUUUAGGAUACUGGCUUGCAGCAUUUCCAUCAACGUUAGGGAGUGGUCUGAAUCCCACUGGUUUAAGGGACAUCACUACCUACCAUACCAUCUUCCUGCUUGCGAUUUUGGGUGCCAUGGCCCUUUUAGUUCUUAUUCUGCUGUGUUUGCUACUGUACUACUGCAGAAGGCGAUGUCUGAAACCUCGACAGCAUCGUCGUAAAAUGCAUCACUCUUCAACUCUGGAGAGCUCAAAGAGAGACCAGGGCACAUCCACCUCUCACCUCAAUCUCAUCAGCAGCGGACACAUGGAGACAACAUCUUCAACCCCCAAUCCUGACGGCAUCCGAUCCAUUCUUUCCUCUGACCGCGAAACCCCCCGAGAAGACUUCUACAGAUACGCCCCUACCCAGAGACUACGAGACGCAAAGAGAGGAGAGAGCCUCCCGUUAAAAGCUAUUCGAUCUACAAACACAGGAACCCGAGACCCACUCCUGCAAGACGACUACAGCAGAAGUUACAGCUCUGCAGAGGACUCUGAUGAACGCAGAUACCCACAUCAUAAUGCUAAAGACAAUCAAGGCUAUUCAUCAGGUCCUCCUUCACCGCCUCCCCUUUUGCCACCAUUUGCUGGCCACUACCAGGAGCAUCGGGACAGCAAUCCUCCCGAGUAUUACGCAUCCCAGCCAGGCGAUCACCUAAGUCGGCCCAGUUCACUCAACACCCAGCCUGGGCAGCUGAUCUUCUGUCACUCCAUGGAACAGAUGAAGGAGAGCAUGUACCACAGCAUGGUGCCCACAUUGGUCAUCCCUGCACAUUACAUGCAUAUGUCCUCCGACCUAUCAGCUGUAGAGCAAGCAAUGGAAAGACAGCAACAGCUGCAGCAUGAUACAGAAGGCAUCCAGGUUAGCUUGACACUACCACGGCAAUCGAGUCAACACCAAAAGCAACAACAGCAGGCCAAGAACGAGGAGGAGGAGGAAGAGUCGAGCCCACAAGCUGAAGAUCCAUCAGAGAAGAACUGGGAAUCUGAACAAUCUACCGCUCCGGUCCGUAUCCCCGUUUUGUUCAACGACUCCACCAUUGCGCAAAUGAAUGGAGAGCUGCAAGCGAUGACGGAGAAGAAACUGCUGGAGCUCGGGGUCAAACCGCAUCCCCGUGCCUGGUUUGUUUCCCUCGACGGUCGUUCAAACUCUCUCGUUAGACAUUCCUACAUUGAGCUGGGCAACGAAUUAAAGGGGACUAGUAGUGUACCCCAGGAGCACCGUGCAGAAAUGCACCCCGCAAGCUCAGGGAAGUCAUCUCAGCGAAAAGUGAAAGAGGGAAGGGAAAGAAAAGCUCAAGGCAAGAUUUAUUCCAAGCUUCCAGUUAUAGACACGCCAGACUCGAGCAGCGAAAGCCAAUCAGCCAUGUACUCACCUGAGGAGAACUCCACAGCCCCACUGCUCAAUGAUGCCUCUCAGAAAAAAGGCGGGACUUUCCCUCGUAAAGGACGUAGUCGAGACGACAGCACCCAAAGUAGCGCCAGCGAGGUCCACAGAGAUUGUGUCACCAGCCCUGACGAUGACAACGAAGGAGAAGACAAAGAUGAAGAUGGAGAGAAUAAAAAGAGCCCCUGGCAAAAGCGUGAAGAGAGACCUCUUAUGGUUUUUAAGUAACUCAUUACUGUUCAGGGCACCAUCUUGACUACACCAUCAUCUCUAUUCGAUGCUCAUCGGAGUUUGAAAGAUACAGAACUGGAAAGGAGUCACAUGAUGGCAGGAUUGAAGGCAUGGCACUUACCUGAGAGAGCAUCAAGACUGGGCACCAAGAAUAAGCACUGAAUCUUACUUGUUCGAAAGCAUCUUAGAUGACCUUCAACUCUUGCUGUGUAGAAAAUAACAUCUGAUUUAAUUCUGGCACCGGUUCCUCAGACCAGAGAGACCUGUAAUUUUAAAUCCUAACUUUGCUCAAGAUGUCUUGCCCUAAUAUUUUCCUUAAGUGAUGCCCAGCUUUUAUAAGAAUGACCACAAUGAGCCAUUUUAAAGCAAAGCAAUCCAUAAGCCUUAAAGAGCUUUUAUUUUGUUUCAAUGAACGAGUCGAUGAAAAAGAGGGCUUUUAAAUAUUUUUAAAAUAGUUUUAUUGUAGUGUUGGAUUUACUCAAACUUUUAACUGGUUUAUAUGACUACGUAGAGCUGAACUUUCAAGAUGUGUGGAUAAAUGUGAGAAUCAUCCAUUUUACAAGUGAAAUGAUUGCUGAAUAAACUGGGUUACGCAUGUGACUCCUAAUGACACUGUAUUUUGUAUUGUUGGUUAAGGACGCCCUUUUGUACUGAUCUAAAACCAAUGUUGCUGUUUCUUUUAAGGAUAGAUAGGAAAGCUGCUUUUAAAGGAUUAGUCCAUUUUCUUAAAAAAAAUCCAGAUAAUUUACUCACCACCAUGUCAUCCAAAAUGUUGAUGUCUUUCUUUGUUCAGUCGAUAAGAAAUUAUGUUUUUUGAGGAAAACAUUGCAGGAUUUUUCUCAUUUUAAUGGACUUUAAUAGAACCCAACACUAACACUUAACUCAACACUUAACAGUUUUUUCAACGGAGUUUCAAAGGACUAUAAACAAUCCCAAACGAGGCAUACGGGUCUUAUCUAGUGAAACCAUUGUCAUUUUUGAUAAGAAAAAUAAAUAUGCUCUUUUAAACCACAACUUCUCAUCUAGCUCUGGUCGUGUGAUGCGCCAGCACGACUUCACGCAAUACGUCAUGAAAUCAAGAGGUCACAGAGGACGAACGCGAAACUAUGCCCCAGUGUUUACAAGUGUGGGGAAAGAGGACCGUUCCGAUGUUGUUGUAUGUCAACUGAUACUAAUUAAUGUCUUUGUGUCAGUUUAUUGUUUAAAAUGGUCCGCAAAUAUGCGUUUCAUAUAUGUAACACGUGACCUUUUGAUGUCAUUACGCAAUUAUGUGAGAUCGCACUGGCGCUUUUCAGGACUGGAGAUCGAUGAGAAGUUGUGGUUUAAAAGUGCAUAUUUUUUAUUUUUCUUGUCAAAAAUGACAAUAGUUUCGGUAGAUACGGCCCUUAUGCCUUGUUUGGGAUCGUUUAGAGUCCUUUGAAACUCCAUUGAAAAAAACUGUUAAAUGUUGAGUUAAGUAUUAAGUGUUAAAAUGAGAAAAAUCCUGCAAUGUUUUCCUAAAAAAACAUAAUUUCUUCUCGACUGAACAAAAAAAAGACAUCAACAUUUUGGAUGACAUGGUGGUGAGUAAAUUAUUUGGAUUUUUUUUUUUUAAGAAAAUUGACUAAUCCUUUAAAAUAUGAAUUAAAUGUUCAAAGCAGAACACAGUUUGUACUCUGAAUAUGCCUUUCUAUUUGGGUCAGGGCAGCAAUAGAAAUUGUGUUUUAAGAAAAUGAAGGUUCUUAACCUUGGACACCUGUGACAAUGUUUUCGCACUAAUCUUUGCUGAACUUUUGCCAUGAAUCAGAACCACUGCAACUGUGGAGCUAAAAUUUUCUCUUUUUCUUUUAUGGACUUUUUAAGUUUUUGUGGUGUGACUGAAGAAAAAGAUUGUGCUUGAAAUGGAUGUGCAUGGAUAAAUUUACAUAUAUUGUACCAAGUAUUUUUGUAAACGCAAGUAUUGUUCGAUUAAGCGCUCUUACUAAACUCUGUGAACCACUUAUUUGUAAGUAACACCUUAGUAAAUUUACACUCUC